UCGUCUUCAGCAUUUAUCUAAUUUUCAGGUAAAAUAAUUAAAAUAUAGUUACUGCAGCUGCGAACAUUGUAAAAACUAAUUGAUUAUGGGUAAUUACUUGCCUUUCCGGUUGCCUUUUCAAAGAUCUGCUGGCGGCAAUGUGGAAAAUUUCAGUUCAUCAACUGCAUUGUCAUAUAGAUUUCCUCCAGCAACAAAAUCUGGCUGUUUUUUUGCUAACCAUUUUGUUAUGGCUGGAGAACGGUUUGACAACAUGGAUCCAGAAACAUUUCUAUUUGGUGAAAAUAAUGAUUUGAAUUAUUUACCUGAUAUUCCAGCACCAUUUCCAUACAACGCACCCAAUGAUAACGAACCUAAUAAUACAAUAAAAUGUUUUGUGUUCCUACGAAAAGAAUCCUUAAAGCUAGUCAAGGAGGAAAAUGUAGCAGGAUCAGAAGACUCUGAUCAUUAUCGUGUGGAAUUUGUUUUUGAUGCUGAUACUGAUUGUGCUGUUCGAAUAUUCAUGAUGGCCACGGAAGAGAUCCAACAGGGAUCUGUAAGAUAUAAAGCCCGCUCUCCUAGUUUGAAGUCUGAACCUGUAAUGUUCAAGAAAGGAUGUGGACAAACUUACAACAGUGCAAGUUUUAUCAUAAAGCCGGAUGACUUCCAACCAUCUGAACUAAACUUUAUACCUGGCGCAUCAGAAAUACCAUUGGUUAUACAGAUUACCGUAGAAGAUCCAGAUUUUCUUGGACAGUCAAUUUCUACCAUAGCAGGAAUUGAAAAGUUAUCAGAUGGAUUAUACACAAUGAAGUUUUUGAAGCAGAAAGCAAUGGUUGAUGGCUUUUGUGUUAUGAUACAAGAAAUUUAUGGAAUUGAGAAUAAAGUUAAGGACCAACAAACUAACGAAGGGGUGGAUGAUGAUGCAGACGACGCUAGUACUGUAUCAGAAUGUGUCAUCUGUAUGAGUGAACUAAGAGACACUAUAAUGUUACCAUGUCGUCAUUUAUGUUUGUGCAAUUUAUGCGCUGACGCAAUGCGAACAAAACAAAACAGAUGUCCAAUAUGCAGAGCAAAUUUCCAUGCCUUGUUACAAAUUAAAGCAGUCAGAAAGAAAAAGGCUGGGCCUGGAGACAACACAUCAAGCUAUGUGGAAGAAAUCCCUCUUAUAGAAGCAUUAAACGGAGAUUUACCCGACCUAGGUUCAAAACAUCGAUCAUCUGCACGAAAAUCAACGAAAAAACAAAAAAUUUGCCAAGCAGUUAAUCCAGUGUCUUCAGGCGCUAAUGAAUCAAUGGAUAAGAAGGAAAAGGAAGAAAACAGAAAAGCUGUUGUCGAUAUUGUGGUUGAUUCGAAACAGGUGGUGGAAAUAAAACCAAGUGAACACGUGGACGUCUCAUUGCCUGGAACACCGAUGGGUAGUGACAGCUCAGCGGACUCGCUUUCCGCUUCCGUAAACUUGUCCACCACGCGUGCACAAGUUACGACGCCUAGCAACGUUACGGCGUCAAUGACGGAAGUUGACGCCGGAACGGACGAGCUAACUUGACUAUUGGCCGGGACUGACAAUACAGCAUGAACGCACUGUAAGCACGUGAACACUCCUCCUUGGUUAAAAAUUAGUUAAUGCACGCUCUCCAUUCCUUAUCUCGAAUGGAAAAAUGAAAUGUGUGUUUACCUGUAUCAUCAGUCUCACAUAAAAAGUCUUAGUGUUUGUGCACCGUGUUAACACGAAUGUAUCGCCACAACGGGUGGACAAAGCAAACCCUGUUUUUGUGGUGAAAGUACAGCAAACAAAUGGCUGCAAUAUAAUCUCGGGCUACAAACGCUGUUAUUCAUGUGAACACGGUUUCUGAAUUUGUAAAAAUAUCUGAUAAUAAGCUCAAAAUUUUGUCUGUUGUUAACGUUUAUGAUAUUAAAGUUUAGAUUUUUUUGUAGUUUUUUGUGUGGGUUGGGGUGUAAUUUAGCAACGAAAAAAGACGAUAUAAGAAAUACAUUUCACGUGUGUAGAUUAAUUUCUCUACAGACAUGUAUGUAGGGAAAUUAAUUAAGUCUGAGGCCUGUUUUUGUAAGAAUUCUUUUUAUAAGAAUCAUUCAUAGUUGAUCAUCAGAUUUAAUAAAGUUAACGUGAUUGUGUAUAUUUUUAAAAUGUGAGAACGUGGAUUUUUUUCAAAAGAAACCAGUGAAAGGCUUUAAUACUGGCAGUUUCUUAAAUUUUUGGCAAGUUUUUUAUUUAGUUUCUUAAAGUUAUACAUAUAUGGAAUAACAAAUAUCAUCGGGUGUCUUAGUACGUUGUUCAAUAACACAAGCGUUGUACGAAGAUCUAUUUCAUGGAAAAUUACUUUGAUUAGUUUCUUAAUUUUUUUAAAAGCCAAAAAAUUCCAAUACUAAAAUUUUCUUAUUUUUGAGAAGCUUCGUGUCUCUUUAAAAAAAGUACGUGUUUUCUUAUUAAAAUGUGUGCAUUGAUUUUUACCGGCUUUUUUAUAUAAGAAUACUCAUUCUAACACCAGGCUGUCACUAUUCUUAUUCCUGUAUUGUUCUAAAUAAUAGAUCUAUAGUUUCAAGCUGAAAUCGCAGCCUGAUGUUCUUAUAAAACAUUUUCUUAUAAAUAAACGUGUAAUGCUUUUGAUACAACUUCUAUUUCUGUAAUUAUGUCAUAGUUUUCACCUUUGGGUUGUGUAUUCUGUAAUGAAUUAUAACGCUUCACGACAAUAAGUUUGAUAAAGCAUCAGUAAUGUGUGACGUAAAAGAUAAACAGUCAUCGGGACGACCCGAUAAGUGCCGUCAAGGUGGUAGAUAACUGUAUUCGUCUGCACUUUUUUUAAAGGAACCAAGAAAUGUUUAGCCUGAAAUUCUUUAUUUUUUUUUUCUUGUUUUGUUCUUUAAAAAUAAAAGAAACAAAAAUUUUAAUCAUACUGGUCAUUCUUCUUAUUCUAAACCUAUUGUUUUCAACCUUAAAUUCUAGUCUGACAUUCUCAUACAACAUAUUCUUUAAGAGAAAGCUUGUAUUUUGUUUUGUUUUUCUAAAUUCUUUAUUUGUUUUUCUAACUUUUUUUAUGUAAAGCACUGGUUGACACAUCUGACAUAUUUGCUAUGUAAAUGAAUCAAAUGUAUAUAUUAUAGAAUAGUAAAUUUAUUUCUAAGUAAUCAAUGGAGUCUUUAAAUUUGUUUUGUCUAAGUCAAAGAAAUAAUUUUUUCUAAAAUGGUAGCACAAAA